GCGUGUUGCUCGGCUCCGCUCAGCGCUACGCCUUCAGCACGGCCCUCUCGCUGAGCCGUGCGCCUCGGAAGCGGGGCGAGAGAGCCGAGCGCUUCGUAGGAACGAUCCCACGGAGCCUGGGCGCCCGUACCGACGCGGCCGCGGCACGAAGUUCGAGACGCCUCUCCGUGCAGAUGACGUCCAGCGCCUCUCGCGGGCGGGCCGACCUCCGCGGCCACGGCUGCCUCCGGGACUCGGGCUGUGCUCAGCACACGCACGCCCUCAGUUUUUCUGCUUGUUUUCUGUAUACGCCUGACAUUUUUAAAGCUGUUUCUAAAGUAUGCAGGCUGGCUCCUCACUUACAACAGAGGACGUGUGUCUCCGGAGUGUGCUGUGCUGUCACCUGUUGUUCUAGUUAAGAGUAAUAAAACCCCACUGUAUAUACGUGGUUCUUUAUGCAGUUUUCCAGGUGAGACAUAGGAUUUACACUGUGUCUGCCUUUAGGUAGCACCCCUGAUAAUUCCAGGAGAUCUGUGUAAUCAGCUGAGCCUUCAUGUGGAUGAACAGUAGGAGGAUCUGUGGGUGUGCCCUGGAUGGUCUGCAUGGAAGGCGACCUCCUGCGCCGCUGCGCUGCCCACUGACGUUCACAGUUUGGUGAAGAAUAAUUUCUGUGGUACAUUGGUGUCAGUUGGGCCUAAUGUGCAAGUGGGUGCUUCAUAACCUUGUCCAAUGAUUCCCAGCUCAUGGUGAGACCUCUCUGUAAGCAAGCUUAAGGCUCUUUUAAAAUUGGUGUGCUCCAGUGCAAAAGAAGUCCAGGAUACCAUUAAUUGAGCAUGUGCUGGGCUGAGGUACCAAAAUUAUAUAUUAUCAUAAGGAACUGCAUAAUUCCUGCAGAUUGGCUAAAAAGAUUGAAUACUUCAGCUUCAGUAUGGAAUAACAGCAAAGAUCUACGUGUCUUGGUUGCAACAGAAUAUUGUGAUGAAAAUAUAGUAGGCUUUCCCUCAGUGCAGUGAAUACACAUAAUUGGAUUACAGGAGCAUUUUAAGUUAUGAAAAUGUUCUGUUUUAAGAUGGAGGAGGUCUUUUCAUCUGCUUCCUUUCAGCAAUUUGUAUUUUUUUCACAAAAUUACAGAAUUUGAAGGUUCAUGUUUUGGUCUUGGGACAAAGGUGGAGGAGAUGCAGUUACCCUGCACUGUGGUAAAUUCCGAAGCAUGUAAUAGUGCAGUUACUUAGAACUGUAUCUGUGUGCAGGUCUUUAACCAGGCACGUAACAUUUCUUUCAGAUGAUGUGAUACUGUCCUGUUCUAGCAGUGCUUGAUUAAGAAAAAAAAGACUCAUUUAUUCUCAUUGGAAUAAAGCUGAAGGCAACCUUUGGUAUAGCAGUGGAAUACAACAUUAUCUAUCUGCAGAUUUAAAGACAAUAUUUGAAUGCCUUUUGAUUAUUUUAAUAUCCAGACUGUUGCACAACGCUGGCAUAGCUACAAGUUUGAGAUUUGAUGUGCUAAAGAGCUGCUGUGGAGAACACGGGGACUGAGGUCUCCUUCCUGUUUAAAAAUACAAAAAGAACAGGAUGUUCAUGACUUGCUGUCCUUAAUCUGAUUGAGGCUGCAACUUCCAGGUUUAGGACCCCUGGUGAAAAGUAAUUUCAAUUCUUGUUGAGGAGUGUUUGCCUGUUGGACAGAUUUCAUCUCGUUAAUUUGUGGCGGUAGUAAGACCAAACGGUUAAAAGCAAUUUUCAGUGCUCCCACUAAAGGCACUUUGUAUAAAAACAUGACUUAGAAUGUGCAUCUUGGGGAUAAAUUACUGAAGAAUAUCUAGUAAUUUUCAUGAUAAAGACCAUCAUUGGAAGCACAGUGCCUGUGUAAAGUUUUGAAUAUUUCUGUAAGAGGAAUAUGAUGUAUGUAUCAUGGAUUACUUACAAAAGCAAUAUAUGUUAGCUGAAAAUACUGCAUUAAGACUACUGUAAGUUAGUAGAGGAAUUAUAAAAUGAAUAUUUAAAUAAGUGGAUUCUCAUGCUAUAGAGCCUGCAUUUAAGCCUAAUGUGUGAUAUAUAUUUAUUCCUGCGAUCACGUGGGUUGGGAUUACUGCUGAUUGGAAGCUGACAGGGCAGCCUGGUGUGGCUUGGUAAGACUUCUGUAGACGGUGAAUUUACAACGGGCUCAUGUGUCCUUUAGUUUCCAAGCAGUGCACUGGAGGUGGGUGCAGUGGGAGGUAUUACGGAACCAACGAGACCCAGGAGACAUCUGUAGAGUGCAAACACCAGCAUGGUGAACCUGAAGGAUUCCAGUGCUAUCUGGCAACAUGGAAUUUUUUUUGUUUGCACUGACAAAAGACAUUUUUUUAAAUUUUCCUUUUAAGAAAAUUAGGAUAAGGAAGUGGCUUUCCUGUCACUCAUCUUGACAACAAAGCACAAUUAAAUUUAGUGUAUAGCUAUUACCAUAAAUUACUGUAACUCAGUGGCCACUGUCUAUUAUGACAUAUGCUUAAUUUUUAUGAAUUUAAUUGGUGGAGGCUAUAUGAUCUUGGAUUUCCAAACUGUGUUAAAGAUCAUGCAUGCCUGCAGUUUGUUAACAGUUAAACAAAUUGUAGGUGGGUUGUGUGGUAACAAAUCACAGAAUCCUAAGCUGAACUCUCAUUAGCUAAGUGGCUAGCUCUUAUGUUUAAAUCUUUUUCAAGUAAUAUCUGUGCUAUGAAAUCAACAGCUUGGCACUGCUGUGGCUGUUGCUGCAGCCUGAGAAGAGCAGCAAGGCUGAGUCUGAUCUUGUAUGUUUCCCACUGCUGUGCAGCCCACUGGAAACAUGGAGCUGUUUGCCUGCGGCCUCACAAGAUUAGUCAGAGUGCUUCCCUGUGCAAUGUCUCCCAGGGUAUUGUGCUUCUCCCAGCCUGUGUCCAAGUGAACAGAAUUUGGAGAUCCUGGCUGCAAGGCAGCGGUGCGGUAGGGCUUCAUUUUGCACACAGUGAGGAUAGCCUAUGUAGUAUUUGAUGCUUUGUUCAUCGUGCUCCUUGAAAGGUCUCAUCUGAAGUCAUACUACUUUUUAAAAGGUACCUGGUCAGUUACUUCCUCCUCCGUUCUGCUCUGCCCAUUACCUUCCUCUAGCAGAGGGUUUGGUGUUUUCUCAUGUGCUGCUUUUGAGUACAAGGGCUAAUUCAGUCAUGAUCUGGAAGCUUUCUGAUGUUGCACUACUUGUUCCUUCAGCGUUAACUGAUCGUCCUUUUUACCUUCUUAGCUUGUUUUCUGGUAUCUUCCUGAGUAACAUUAUCUGUCUAUGUUGUUAUUAAUUUGAACUAAAUACCCACUGGUUUACAUAGUGACAAGAAUUGUGAAACAACUUACCACAUUUUAAAUAGAUUUCCUUCUAUGUGAUGGAAGUCAAACUUCACCCAGGAGCUUAAAGAAUGUUGUCUUUGUUCUGGAGGGGGCAAGUCUGUUCAGGUCCUGCCUCACCAGUAACUGAAGUGCGUAGGUGAGCUGAUACCCUCCAGGUCUGGAGCUGUGCUCCUCCAAUAGCUGUGCAUAGACCCUGUGGCAGUUGCAGUGACUGGAGUGCUGUUCAGGAAUCAUCAUUAGGAGAUUUGUAAAUUUCCAUUCCAGAAUUUUGUAGGCAUAACCUGGCCUAUCACACGAAUGCCUCUUACCUUUCUUUCCCUCUUUCAGACGGUGCACUUGUUUUAAUUUAAAGUUCUGAUUUUGCAGAUGGAUGUGCUAGCUUGGAACUUGCCAUCUCAAGGUGCUCAGAGCUGCAGCUGCGCUAAUUCUGCAUUUUUUUAGUGGGACAUCGGUUGCUAUUUUUGCUGUCCCUCUUCCCAGCAGGGAGCAGCCAGUGAGCCAGGUCCUGGGCUGCAUCAUGAAGUGCAGAGGGCAACGCAGCAAAGCAGGGCUGUCUUCUUCUUCAGCAUUGGGUGUAGUCUGGGCUCUUGUUUCAGGUAAGGCAGUAUCAAGCCGGCUGUGCUUUGUCCAUGCUGACAGCAGCACUGCUAGUGUCUGGGGGGUUGCUAUGCAUCAGGACCAGAAGAAAUAAAACCCCAGUUUUUCACUGUUCCCUUUUGUGACAUCCCAUCAAGGGUGGACAAGGGAAGUUGGUUAUGGGGUCAGUCAGGUAAGCUCAUGGCAGCCUCAGUUUCUAGAAUUCUUUUGGAUUGAGCGUGUCUUCUCAUCUUUUGGAUUAAUAGCUAUUUUGUUGUGAUAUAAGGAAAUUACUAGAUUAAAAAAAAAAAAAGUAUAGAUUUUAGUUAUUACACUGUAAAGAUGCAGAAUUUGUAGGAAAAAAUGCCCAGUGGUGCACCAAAACCUGCAGACAGAAAGACUGGUGGUUAUAGUUUACUCAGGGCUGUGGCUCAGUGCUGAACCACAGCCUAAAGGUAUGUCUGCGAGGCGGCUGCUAGCAUCCUUUCACUUUGAAGGCAGUCAGUUGGGUAUUGCCAGCAGCAAGUACUGCACUGUAGGCUGUAUGACAGCUUGCAAAACCUGCCCGAGAUGUUUGGUGAGUUGGACUGUGGGAGUUUUGUGCUGAUGUCUGCUGUUGCCUUGGUGCGGAUGCAGAACAGCCACAGGUAUGCUCACCUGAAAUAAGCUAAAAUACUGAGUUCUGAGUUCCUUAGCUCUGUCUCAAAAUGAGGUUAGUGAUGUAACCUCUGUCUUGCUACCAGAGAAAGACAGGAUCUUGCUGUUCUGUUCUUGCUUCCACCAGUUCCAUUGGCAUAGAGAUUAUUUAACUGAUUUAGCAGGAAAGUUCCUCUUGGAACCCAGAGGAUCUGAAACAGCCAAACUAGUGUAGGAUGCUUAUGGUUGGACAUGAGGAGGAGGGGUGCUGCCCCACGAAGCAUGACACAGCCUGCCUGGCGGGCACAGUGUGCUGUUGAGCGUGGGUAGAGUUACUGCAGGGUAACUGAAGCCAUUUCUUCAUGUAACCUACAGCCACAGCUGGGAUUGCAACGUGAAGUCAUCUUGAGAGGACAGAAUUUCACAGCUGGCCCAAGGGGUAUAAGGCAUUUUCCUGUCCGCUUUUUAGUUCCUAGGUGCUUCAAGUAUAAUUCUUAAGUUCACAAAAAUCAUUUUAUUCAGAAGCUAGUUAUUACAUAUUGACAGUACUUGUCUUUCUGCAAAAGUGUGAGGGCCAAAAUUGAUACAAAAAUAUGAGAUCUUCACUUGUUUUCCUGAAGGGCUGCGUAAAAACUGCGGUCAUAAUUUUAAAGAGAAAGAUUUUUUUUUUCUUUAUAAAGAAACUUGCCAGGAUUCAAAUUCCUUUAUCUCCUUUCCUUCAGUAUUCUUCCUGAAUACAUUUCUUGAAAAGGCAUAAAUUCCCACCCGAAGGGGAUCUUAUGCUAAUAAUUUGUUGAAAUGUAGUGUUUUUCAGUAAUAUAAUUUAAUAAACGAAUAGGAGAGCUCAGAAAUGCCUUCUUCCUUUCCUUUUAGAUCAUUCAGUGUGCCAACAGACUGAAGAACUUUUAAUAGUUUUAUUUCAUUUUUAGAUUGAAAAUGGGGCUCUAGGAAAAACAAUUGUACAAAAGUUAAUUUUGUCUUUCUCCAUCAGUGGCUGCUAUGUUUUAGGCAAGUACUAGGUGGUUUCCUGGAGGAAAAAAUGAAAAUUCAUUUGAAAUGUUUAUUUUGCGUGUGAGUUGUUACACCCUUGUUACUGAGAGAUGAUUGAAUAUUUGACCAGCCAUUUGAGCUCUUCUGUAAUGCAAAGUCAUGUGGUGAACUGGCUAUUUCAUCUACAAACUUAAUUUUAUUUCCUGGUUUUGGGGUGUGACAGAAAAAUCUCAUGCAUACGAGUAUGUGGCACAAUGGGUCUCGAUGCUGCAAGCAUUUAUAGACAGAGGUACCUCAUGUGUGUGUAUCAACCAGAUUCACGAGGUUAAGCAGUUAAACUCCGGAGAGCUGGAGUCAUCUGAAGUAGAUCAGUAGUGGAAAUGACCUUGGAUUUAUUGUUAGCCUUGUAAACAUGGAUCUGUGUUGCAGAAGAGCAGCGUAUGCUUUCUCUGUAGUUUGUGGAAAGUUCUGAGCCAAGGUUGAGGCUGAGAUCUUCGCACAGUCCCACAUGGCAGGGAUGGUCUCCCGAAGGCAGACUCUUGGUUUUAGACUUCACAAGACCCUUACUUUAAUUACCGCCUCAUUACUUGCUCUAUUUCCACAAAAAGUAUUCCAUACUGUCAUUUUCCCUAAGUAACUGGAAAUCUGAUUGAAAGGGAUGUUUAAAGUGAGACUAAUUCAAGAUUAAAUAGUCACAAAUUAUAUUAUUGCUACAUGUAAACAAAUUACUUGCAUAUCUGAUUUUGUUCAGAUUACUUUUCAAGUGGUAAAUAAUGCUUUAUCACUUAUAUAGUGCUCUUACAUCUUUAGAGUGCUUUUCUCACAUUAAUUAAUCAUCAUUAAACACUCCGAGGUGGGUAGGUUAAUACUAUUAUCCCCGUUUUGCAGAUGAAGAAAUGUAGACUGAGAGGUUGUGAUUUGCUCAAGGCCAUAUAGAAGAAAUAAAAUCAGAGCUGGGAUUAGAUCUAUGUCCCUAGCUUCUAAUUGCACAGGACCAACUCAGUUGAGAGCCACAGCAUUGAAACAACACAUACAAGUGCGCACGUGGAAGCAGCACACGUUGGGCCUUUUAGAUGCUGAACUCACAGCUCAGUUAAAUGGAAACUUUGUGCUGUUUCCACAUCCAUGCCCAAAGUGUGGAAAUAGCCACCUAUUCACUUAGGAAUCCUUCCUAGCCUCAUGGGGCACUUUUUUUUGAGUCUUCCAUUGAAAUUAACGUUCAACCUGGAAGUAGCAGUUCUUGAGGCUUGAACGUAAGUGUUUGACUUGGGUGAAGCGCUUUUUACACGUGAGAUGUGAAUUAAAAAUGUGGCAGCUUGCUUUAAUGCUGAGAGAGAUAGGAAUUCCCCUUGGUGUCCUAAACCCACUGCCUUUGUAGGCAGUGCCUAGCUGCUCAGUACAGAGUGGUAUUCAUGUGCAUGCACUACACCUUAGAGAGCUCAAUAAAAUGAGAUAGUCCCGCCUGGCUGAUCAGAGGCACCACAGAGAGAUCUGCUCAGCUCUGAGUUGCAGGAGCAACAAGUAGGAAAAAAUAAGAUGGAAGAAGCUGGUACCCUUCUACAGGAGGGUGAGGACCUGCAGAGGAAGGUGUCAAAUACAUGUGCAGUAAUUGGGAACAGGGCAGAGCCCUGCAGGCACGUGGCAGUGCCAUGCUGCAGCAUCCUGCCAGCCCGCACACUGGGCUGCAGCUACUGCUGCUGGAAGGAAGGGGCUGUCUGCUUUGUUUUCUUUAGGACUGGGGAAUGUGUUUUACACCGGUGGGCCCUGUUUUAAUGACGAGAGUUGAGGUUAAGUAGUGUCAGGUGUGCUGCAAGAGUAGUUCAAUAGAUAUUUCAGCUGAUAACCUUGUGUGGUAGAAUUCAGGAUUAUUGGUAGUGCUUCCAACACGGGGCCUCAGCAGCAGAGUGGAAUUGGUGGCACCGGUGCCCACAAGGAUGGAACUGCACUGAACCAAUGAACAGGUGGUCACUACCUGCCAAGAGAAAAUCCAGCACUGGAAGAAGGUGGAGAGUGAUUAUGAAGUUCUUCAAGAACGACUCCGUACAUUGCCUGAUAAACUGUCCUAUGAUAUCAUGGUACCUUUUGGUCCUCUUGCCUUCAUGCCAGGAAAACUUGUCAACACCAAUGAGGUUACUGUUCUGCUUGGUGACAACUGGUUUUCAAAAUGCUCAGCGAAGCAGGCUGUUGAGCUGGUCGAGCACAGAAAAAAAUAUGUAAGGAAAGCACUGGAUGAUUUGCAAAAAGUCAUGAAGAAUUUUGAAUCACGAGUUGAAUUCACAGAAGAUUUGCAGAAAAUGAGUGAUGCUGCAGGUGACUUUGUUGACAUAAGAGAAGAAAUUAAAGAUGAUAGCAUUGAAACAAAAGGCAAAUAUAGAACAGCUCAUAAACCUCAUUCAAAACCAAAAGUAUCAGAUGCUUUUGAGGUAGAUUUCCUGGCAAAUGGAAGGGACACGAAAUCAGUGGGUCGCUUUCAAUCAGAGGAGGAGCUGUGGGCCCGCUUGGAAGAGCUUGAGAGACAAGAAGAGAUACUUGGUGAACUUGACAGGAUGCCUGAUACAGUUGAGACAAAUGGAGAAGAUACAACCUCCUCGGAAGAGGAAAAGGAGGAUAAGAGAAUGGAUCUCAAUGGAACAUACAGAGCAGAAGACUGUAUUACUCAGGGCAACUUCCAGAAAGAAGUAACAAAUUCAGACUUGUUUGUUCGCCAUGUUAAUGGCUCUACGUAUUACCACAGUGAUGAUGAAGAUGAUGCAGAUGUUGGAGAUAGCUCUGUUCCAACUAUUUUUUUCUCUCAUACUGUUGAGCCUAAAAGGGUAAGAAUAAACACGGGAAAAAAUACUACUUUGAAAUUCAGUGAAAAGAAAGAAGAGGCCAAGCGUAAAAGGAAGAACAGCAAUGGCAAUGGCCAUGGCCAUGCAACUCCAGAACUGCCUAACAUCAAAACCCCAGCAGACAUUUACCGAGUCUUUGUUGAUGUUGUGAAUGGAGAAUAUGUCCCUCGUAAAUCAAUUUUGAAGUCUCGAAGCAGAGAGAAUAGUGUUUGUAGCGAUACCAGUGAGAACAGUGCUGCUGAGUUUGAUGACAGACGAGGAGUUCAGAGGAGUAUUAGCUGUGAUGAAGCUACUCAGAGUGACAACAGCGAAGGCAUACUGGAGGAAGAGGAGGAGGCGGGGCAGCAGCAGCAACCAAAAAAGCUUCCUCCCUCUUCAGGGACAACUGAGGCGUUUUCUGGAACUGUCAUAGAGAAGGAGCCUUUGUCUCCCUCCCUGAUACCACACCCAGUCAUUGCUCACCCUGUGCUGCCUACCAUUCUGGAGCAGAAAUCGGAGGAAGUUUUGUCCAGAGCAUUGCAAGAACCUACAAAGAGGAUAUCAAAAUUCAAAGCUGCCAGAAUGCAGCAGACUAACUAGGCCUGGCCUCCAUGCCCAACUUGGAGCACCGAUGUCCACCUCCACGUUUGUCGAGAUGAUGUACAGCCAAAUGCAUUACACCUAGCUAGUGCAAAGGGUCUCCUGUGUUGAUUUGGCGCUGUUUAUCUUUCAAACUUCUGUUGGCGACGUUUAAAAACAGUUUGGUGUUUGAACAGUUAAAUAUUCAUCUUCUGUUGAUUUCCCUGUAUGCUGUCAGCACCUUUGUGUAUGUUUGCCUUAUGAUAGCAGCACUCGGGUUAUUUUUCAAAAAAUGUUCCUUACAUACAUUGUUUUUGUGUUUAAACCUAAAUACAGGCAGUUUUGUGCCAGCUGUGAUGUUCUGCAUACCAUAUGGACCGUUUUAAGGAAACCUUCACAUUUCAAAUGGAUUCAACAAUUAUAUUGCAUUACUUGCUUUAGCAUUUUAAGACACACUUGUAUUCCCAUUGCUGUAGGUUUUGCAACUAGGUGUCUGCUAAAAGUUUUUUUUUUUUUUCUUCUAUCAAACCUCUCUGAUAUCUCCCUGUACAGAUCUAUAAAACACUGGGUUCACGUACAUUGCAGGGAAGUUUCUUUGAUGGAAAAGGGUAUUUUGUAAGAUUAAAUUUUCAGUAAAAAAGCU